UUUUUCAAACUUGUCUCAUAUUAGAGCUAUUUGACUUUUUGUAACACAAAAUUUAAAAGAUGAGUAAAAAAGUUUCCAUACGAUAUCUUAUUAAUGUUGCAAUCGGAAGCCCCGAACCUGGUGUCGUGAAUUUCAAUGCCCUAUACACGGUUCUUCAAGCAAUAUCCGAGAAACUUGAUAUUGAAGAUGACCAAAUUGAGGUUGAUAGUUCAUUGAUCCCCGUUACAACAAAUAUUUUAGACAGCAAAAGUAACGUAUCAUCUGAACAACUAAUGAACCGGCAAGUAUAUGAUAACUCACAAGAUGAGCAACUUGCUUCAAAAAACCGAUCUGAAAAUUCAACGGAAACCAAAAGAACACAAGUGCAACCUUCAAGUUCAACGCACAACCAGCAGAUUAUUGAAGACCGUAAAGUUGUUUUUGGAAAUCAACAUAAAAAGACCCAUGAUAACGAGGACGCAAGUAAGAAUGAAGGAAAGAAAUCCAAGGAUUUAGACAUUAGGCAACAAAUUGAUUUCCUUUGCGAAAAAUUGGAAAAAAUCGAAAACUUUGCUGCAUGGAGCUUUGACACAGAGCAAAGUGUUGAAUACCUUCGUCAGGUAGUCGACCAGCUUCAAGACAAGGUAGAAUUACUCGAUCGAUCAAUUUGUGAGAUAAAAAAUAUAAGAUACGAUCGAGAGAAAGACAUCUCAGCUUGUAGAGGAAAGUUGGAUUAUGAUAAAUUGUUACAUGUUACUGAGGUAUUGAGACAAGACCUCAAUGCUCUGAAGGAAUCAAUCUAUGGCAGUGACUCGAAAAAAUUGCAAAUGAAAAACACACUUUCCGAUAGUCCUAAUGACUUAGAAAUAGAGAGACUUGAUAAUGAAUUAAUUGAACUAAAAUCCAACAAUUGUAUUUUCAAUGAAAAGCUGAAGAGCUUAGAAGAAACAGUUGCAAACAUUGAUAUAGACUCUUCGAUAGCUAAGCUAGACUUGUUUCAUAAUGAAAUAUCCACUCUAAAAGCUCAAAUAGAAAACUCAACUAUAGAAACGGAACAACAGGCCUUGAAAGAAUUUACCAACAAACUUGCAGAGGAGGUCCAUUUGAAAAUCGAUAAGGCAGAAAUUGAAGAGUUAUUGUCAGAAAAAGUCGAUUAUAGUAUGCUUCAUGGAAAAGUUUCGGUUGAAGUUAUGGAUGCUGAAAAUCGUAAAUUUGAAAAACAACUUACUGAAAUCACUGAUUGUGUCAUUUUCAAUGACGAACGGAUUCAGAAGCAAAUUGAAGACAUUAAAAAACUAGUUGGUGAUGAAAAUCUAAACGAUUUGCUAAAUAAAAUCGAACACAAACUCAAUAAGGAAAUCCAAAGGAUUUCUAGUGAUCUUAAAAGACUAAUGGAAAUGAAGCCUGAUAUUGAUUCAGCAGUGACAAGGCUAAAAGACCUGACUUGUUUAGCUUGUGAUCAGGAUGUUGUUAUGAAAACAGUUGAAGUUAAUAAUUUAACGAAAUUCGGUGAUGCUCAUGUCUCAAAAAGUAUUGGUCCUUCUGUUUCAUUUGAGGUGGCAAAGUUAAGAGCCUCUGGGAAAAUAGGAGCUUUCAACGAUGAUGAUAUUAUAUUCCACUUGGAAAAGAAAUUCCGUCACAGUGGUGGUGUGCAUACUAUUAUAACUAGAAAAGAUUACUUCACAAAGACCAAACAGCGUAGGACCAAGUAACUAAAUUGGAUUCAGGAAAAUGGAAUACCACGAGAUGUUUAUUGCCGUCAUCUAUAUUCUAUCAACCAAACGCCACUGCAGAAAUUUUACUUUGCUUUUAAAUUUCUCAUAUAGCUAAUCUAUUAUUCAUUUUAAAAUAAACUUGAUUAGAAACUGAUUA